AUGAGUAAAUUUGAAGUUUCAAUUAUAACAUCACCAACAACAACGUCGGCAUCAUCAUUUUCCACUUCAUCAUUUACAACAGCAACAACCACGAUCGCACCUAGUAACAAUGAAGAUGAAGAUCUUCUUUACAAUUAUUUAGAAAAUUUCCAAUUCAUAGAGUUCUCGUCGAUUGAAAAACUUCAUCCAUUUGCAAAAUUAAAAGUAAUUUUAAAAAAAAUCGAGUCAAUAAAAGACGAAAAAUAUUUCGAAAAGUUAAAAUUAUUACACAAAUUAAGUUUACAUUCAAAUCUUAUAGCAAUUUACGGGUACACUGUUACGACAGAUAAAUCAAAUCACUAUAUUGUAAUGCAAUAUGCAAAUCAAUAUAAUUUACAAAGAUUUUUGGACGAAAAUUUCGAUAAACUUGGAAAGAAAGAAAAGAUUGACAUGGCAUACGAUCUAGCAAACGGAUUGAGUUUUAUUCAUAGUAAUGAUAUUGCGCAUAAUGCUUUGCAUGCUAAUAAUAUAGUGGUGCAUAAUAAAAGGUUAUUAAUAACGGAUUUGUUUCUUUCCAAAUCAAUAAUACCCGAUAUUAACGAUGAAAACCCCACUAACAAAAACGACGAUAAUAAACUUAUGGCAUAUAAUGAUCCAACAUCGUCGUCAAUAUCGUCACCAACAAAAAAAGACAUUUAUAGUUUAGAACAUGCAGAAUCAAUAGCUAGUGUACCGGUAGAAUAUAUAGAUUUAUAUGAACAAUGUUGGGACAAUGAUCCAAGUGUUAGGCCUGAAAUUGAAACUAUUUUGGAGAAAUUAUCAAAACUGCAAACAAUUGCUGCCCAAGUUAAUUAUACUAACAAAGGCAUUAAACCGUCAGGAUAUUUAUUUGCCACUUCUAAAAGUAGUAUACAAGAUUUAUAUUCAUGCAUUUUUGUUAAUCGUAAUUGGUGUAGGCUUGCAAUGCCAUUUCUAUGGACUCGACCUUUCCACCUUUACGAUGACGAGAAAAAUGAAAAAGUCAUUAAAAUAUUUUUACGAUUCUUGAGCGAUAAAGAAAAACAAGAAUUAUUAAAUCAAGGAAUUGACAUUGAUAUCUUCUUAAACCCGCAUUCACUCUCACUCUACUCUUUCUAUCCAUCCUCUCCAUUCAUUCCAUCUUCCUUCUCACUUCUUUUCCCGUAUCCAAAAUUCAUUCGCUCAUUAAACUACGAAUCUUUCAUAAAAUCAGUAAUGAAUUUGUGUUCAGAAUUAUCAGAAAAAAUUUCCACGUCACCGGAUCGCGACGAUUUAACUCCAGAUGCUGAAAUGAUCUUGACUAAAGCAAUGAUGAAAUUGUUUGUUAGGAGUAAUGCAAGAAUCGAGAAUCUUUCGUUGUGCUCAUCUGUCAAUUACGAAAGUGAUUUAUACAAUUUGGUGAAUUACAACGAGCCUUACUAUUUGAUGAAAGAUAAAGAAGUGAAAAUUUUAUUUGAAGGUGUCAAAAGUGUGGAACUACUUCUUGCAAUCAGAAAAAAUAGUUUAAUUAAAAUUUUGACCGACGAACAUCUACAUAUAGAUACGUUAUGGUCUCGACACCCGGAAGAUACACACGUAGAUUUAUUUGGAGCCGAAAUAACAACAUUCAUAAAAUCACAAAAAUCUUUACUAACAUUUCGCUUGACAAAAUGUAAAGGUUACACGCGAAUAUUCUUCCCCGCGUUAUCGUCACAUAAAUCAUCAUUACGUCAAUUAACAUUUAAUCAAGUGGAUUUCAAAGGAUGCGAUACAUUGGAAUUUUUGAAUUCUUGCAAAUCGUUGGAAUUGCUUGAUUUAUAUCAGUGUUUAAAUAUCGAAGAAGAAAUGAUUAAACCCUAG